CACAGCCGAUUUUCAUGAAAAGAAGAGAAGAAAUUAAAGCCAAAAUUUUGAUAAAAGUUGCUAAACAGUGUACAUAAUCACAUACAGACAGCGAGGGAGCAGAGACUACGCGAGAAUGGCAGUCUCAGUUUCUAUUUUUGCCAUCGUCACAUCUCUUCACCUCAUAGCCUUCGUCCUCGCUAUCGGAGCCGAACGCCGCCGCAGCUCCGCUAAGGUGGUGCCAGAUCAGUACGAUGAGCAAACGUACUGCGUGUAUGAAUCGGAUGCGUCGACUGUGUAUGGACUGGUGGCUUUUGGACUGUUGUUGAUAAGCCAAGCAGUGUUGCACGGCGUUACUAGGUGUCUAUGCUUUGGGAAAGGGCUUGCAACUGGAACAUCUAAUACCACCUGCGCAAUCUUCUUCUUCAUUGUCUCCUGGAUUAGCUUUUUGGGAGCUGAGGCAUGUUUAUUGGCUGGGUCGGCAAGGAAUGCAUAUCACACCAAAUACCGAACAGCCUUCCAUGGAGGAGAACAACUAUCAUGUGCUACCCUCCGCAAAGGCGUAUUUGCUGCAGGAGCAGCUCUAACAUUGUUGUCAUUGCUGGGUUCAGUUCUUUACUAUUGGACUCACUCUAGAGCCGAUACUGGUGGAUGGGAGAAGCACCGAAAUGAAGGUCUUGGCAUGACUGCGUCGGAUUUUCCACAGCCUCUGCAACAACGUGCCAAUGAAUUUGAGAAGGUUUAGUUAUUCUCACUUCCAACUUUUGUGUUUACUUAUCAAGGAUGGAUAGGUUUAAAGUCAAAUAGUUCCAGAAAGCUAUGGGCUUAUAGACGUUAGUCAUGUUAUAUGAUCAUGUAACAGUAUACUCGAAGUCUGUUGUCAGGUUUUUUUUGGCUUUUUUGAGUGGAGGAGGUAUAUUGUCGUGUUUUUCUGUACGUUGUCUUCAUAUCGCUGCACCCUCUUAUUUUUGUUUAAUGGUUGCCUUUCGACCCAUGUAAUGGCGCCGCAGGAG